AUGCCGAAGCCCGAGAAGGAUGAGCAUGAGGGCCGUGCCAUUAAUGCCGCCAAUGAUCUUGCUCGGCGGCUCAAUCCUGGCUUUGCUGGCAAGUUUCUGGAAUUCACUGCUGCUGGCACAGAUGUGGAGCUCAAGAUCCGAGGUUGGGCAAAAUCUUAUACAGGCGAGACACGGUAUGCGGCUGCACAAGCUUUCAUCAACGACGCAGAUGUUCAGGGAGCCAUCAGAGAACUCGGACCAUCAAAGCGUGCUCUCAAGGCUAUGGGGCACAGGCAAUCAUUGGAUAGCCCUUGCAAGCGCAUCCGCAGCGAUUCUACCUACAAUGACUCAAUGGAUGCCUGA